AUGGGUGGCCAGAAAUUUCAAUAUGAUGAAAGUGGAGGCACAUUUUUCUACUUUUUACUUUCAUUUUUGGUAUUAAUACUUAUUCCAGCAACGUUUUAUUAUUGGCCCAGGAAACCAAAGAAAGAUCCUAAGGAAGAGGAUAAAGAAUGCCAUUGUCCAGGGUGUUUAAAGAAAAAGGAACUUCUAAAAGCUGCAGAGCCAUGGAGAGGUCCAAAGAAUUUUUUAAUAAAACUAACAAUUAUUUCCGGGUGGGUCCUUUUGGCAUUAUUGACUUACAAAGUUUCACAGUUUGAUUAUGAAAUGGCCAAUUUUGAUCCAUAUGAAAUUUUGCGAAUUCCAUUGGGAGCUAGUCAGUCAGAGAUAAAGAAAGCAUAUAGAAAAUUGUCAGUAAUUCUUCAUCCAGAUAAGGAAACUGGAGAUGAAAAAGAAUUUAUGAAGCUUACUAAAGCAUACCAGGCCUUAACAGAUGAGGAAGCUCGAAAAAAUUGGGAGAAAUAUGGAAAUCCAGAUGGCCCAGGUGCAAUGAGUUUUGGCAUUGCUUUGCCAUCAUGGAUAGUUGAAAAAGAGAACAGUGUUUGGGUUCUUGGCUUGUAUGCAUUAGUUUUUAUGGUAGCACUUCCUAUAGUUGUGGGUACAUGGUGGUAUCGCAGUAUUAGAUUUACAGGUGAUCAAGUACUACUUGAUACUACACAAAUGUAUUACUAUUUCUUCCAUAAAACACCCAACAUGAUGUUAAAAAGGGUAAUUAUGAUACUUUCUGCCAGUUUAGAGUUUGAUCGAAAGCAUAAUUCUGAAAUUAUUGAAAGACAAUCAGAUAAUGAGGAAGUUCCACAGUUAAUUAAAAAAUUGCCUAAUUUGAGCGAAAAAAAUAAAGAGAGGCCUUUAUGCUUUGGGUACAGUAUAAAAGCAAGAGCUAUCAUACAUGCACAUUUAUCCAGGAUGCCACUAAAUCCCACAACAUUAGAAAUUGAUAGGCAAUGUAUUAUUGCCAAAUGUCCCUAUCUUAUACAAGAGCAGGUCAAUAGUGUUAACCAACUUAUCAUGUUAGCUUAUGCUAGAAGAAUUCAAAGAUUACCAACAAUAGAGACAAUAGAGAAUUGCAUGAAAUUAUGCCCAAUGAUUGUUCAAGCUCUGUGGGAGCAUAAAUCCCCAUUUUUGCAACUACCAUACAUUUCUGAUGACAAUCUGAAACAUUUUAUGUCUAAAAAGAGACAAAUAAAGUCUCUACAACAGUUUGCUCAACUCAAAGGUGAAGAAAGGCGAAAUGUUUUAAGAAAUUUGAGUGAUGAAGAGUAUGAAAACAUUAUGAAAGUUUUGGGUAGAAUGCCUUAUGUUGAUUUUCAAGUUAAAUGCGAAGUAAUGGAUGAUGAAAACCCCACAGAAGUUACUGCAGGUGCAAUAGUUACAGUGACUGUUUCAUUUAUUCGAAAAGACAUGAGUACUCUUUUUGGGGACGACACGGUACAGGAGGCACAGGCUAUUAAAGAAAACGGCAUUGCUACGGAAGCAAAGGAAACCGGAGACAACGAACCCGAUCAUAUAGUAAAGAGACCAGCAUGGCUUAAACAGAAAAAAGGAGGUGGCAAAAAAGGGAAAAAAACGAAACCAACUAAAAUGGCAAAUAGUAUCAAAGUAAAACCAAGUAGUUCUCCGGUUGUCGCAAAGACGAAACCAAAAGAAGAAAAGAAAGAGAGUGUCAAAGAAAAAGAAGAAAGCGAUUCCGAAAGUGAUGGGGAAUCACACGACGAUGACAGAUCCACUGAUGAAGAUUUAAAAUCAAGUAGUGUAGAUGAUGAUGAUCAAGAGUGGGAACGGUUUCAACAAAAACUUCAUAGAAGAGAAAAGGCUUUGGAAGGCCGUUCAAAAGUGUCUCAUUCUGUUCACUGUCCCUAUUUUCCGCAAGAAAAACAGGAAUAUUGGUGGACAUAUAUCUGUGAUCGAAAGUCUCAUUCUUUGUUAACAGCUCCCUAUCAUGUUACUAAUCUUGUAGAUAGGGAAGACUGUCAGUUAAAGUUUACUGCACCUAUUUGGCCUGGUGUAUACACGUUCACCGUGUGUUUAAGGUCGGACUCAUAUAUAGGUUUCGACCAGCAGAAAGAUAUUAAAUUAGAUGUAAAACAGGCACCAGCUGAAAUAACCGAUCAUCCGCAAUGGGAAUUUGAAGAUUCCGAAAACGAAAAGUCCGCACAAGAUGACGGAAACGAAUCAGAAUACACCACUGACGAGUUACCAGAUGAUGAAGAUGACUGAUUUAUUAAUGAAAUUAAACAAUUUAUACUUUAUAAAUUAUACAUUUAAGUAAGGUUGAUGGCAUUUACUUUAUAUAUUUUUUAUUGAGACUUAUAACUCACACAGACAUCUUUUUUCACCUUUUAAUUAUCGAAAUUAUUUAUUAAUACUGCUUGAAGUAAUUACUUUAUAUAUAAAAUUGAAACACACUAGUCUGGUUAAAAGCCCAAACAAGUAGCUGGUAUAAUUAUCUUUAAAUUAUUUGUUUUAUGUACUGAUAUCUAAAAAAUUGGUCUUUAUUAUGUAUAGUAGAUCACAGUUUUGACUUAAUAAAAAUAUUUUGUAUUUUUUUUGUAUACAAGUGGUUUAAAACUAUUAAGUAAUUCGUGAGGUUAUCGGGGGUGCAUAAUUGUUUUUAGAAAACCAAGUAAUAAAUAUUGUACUGAUGGAAUUACAUAUACGAAAUAUACGAAUGUUAUGCAUAAAUUUAUUUUAUGUAUGUUUCUACUGAAAAAUAAAACAAAUACGUUUAA